AUGGCAUGUCCUUUUCUACGAGAGCCCGUGGACGUAGAGGCUGCGAUCCUCAGAAGGAAUCUCCGUGAGGAACGAUUAUUAAGACCCCGGUUGGAUAUACUUUCUUUUCCUGAUAAUUUUCUUCACGAGCGCUAUCGUUUUUCAGUGCAAUCUAUCAUUUAUUUAGUCCACCUUCUCAGCCCCCAUGUUAACUGUCAAACGCACCGGGGGCAUGCUUUAAGUUCAAUACAAAUUAUUUGUGUGGCACUCCGUUUUUUUGCAAACGGCAGCUUUCUUUACAACGUCGGUGACGCCGAGCACAUUUCAAAGGCAUCCGUGUGUCGGUCUGUCAGAAAUGUGACUUUGGCACUGAAACGUUUUCUUUACACGUUUGUGAUGUUUCCAAGUCACCGACCUAUACGAACAAUCAAGGAAGAGUUCUACAGAAUUGCAGAUUUUCCGGGUGUCAUCGGGUGCAUCGAUGGAACUCAUAUUCCUAUUAAAGCUCCUUCAGUGAAUGAAGGAGACUAUGUUAAUAGGAAGUCCUUCCACAGCAUCAAUGUGCAGGUUGUAUGUGAUGCCAGAAAUAUCAUCACCCAAGUGGAGGCAAAGUGGCCGGGGUCUGUGCAUGACGCACGCAUAUUUCGGGAGUCUAAUCUGAGCACUCGCUUUGCCCGUGGAGAGUUCGACGGUCAUGUUUUAGGUGACAGAGGGUACCCCUGCCAGCCUUGCCUUCUGACCCCGCAUGCCGAUCCCGUGCCAGGACCACAGCAGCGCUACAACCUGACGCAUAUGAGGACGAGAGCCAGGGUCGAAAACACGUUCGGGAUCCUGAAGGCAAGAUUCCAGUGCCUCCAAAUGCUGCGAGUCACACCAGAAAGGGCAUGUGACAUAAUAAUUGCAUGUGUGGUUCUACACAACAUCGCGAUUUUGAGAGGGGAAAAUUGCCCACCUGCAUUUGCAGAUGAGCAGCACAUAAACCCAAACCAUGCCAUGGAUCCACAGGACGGAAGGGUGGUUAGAGAAAGACUCUGCCAAAAUCAUUUUGUUUGAGUUUUCUAUGUAGUUAAAUGUAUUUUAUUAUUUCCGAAAUGUUUUCUUUGGCAUUCUUUCGCCUUCCUGUAUGAUAGUAAACUCGUGUGACAGACCCAGCCUCUGGUAGGGGGUGACACUGUUCAACAAAAUAAC